AUGCACAGGGCACGAUAUGCUCUCUCUUCCACUGCCAGGCUUUCUCUUGCGACGCAUACAUGGCCCUCGUCGAGCAGGACGCUGGCUCAAGCUACAGUGGCCAGCUCAUCCAGCACACAGCUUGCCGCCCCCUGCUCCGCAGCUCCUCUACGAAGCAUUUGCACCAGCUCAUCCCUCGCAGCAGAGUCGUCAUCAUCCGAGUAUGCCAUCGGAGCGCGCGGAAACGAAGGGGAUGAUUUCGCUUCCAUGUGGUCUCGGGGCCGUCCUGACUCGCAGCAAGCAUCGUCCAGACGCGCCAGCACAAAGCCGACGGGGCGCCCUCUCACGCUGCGAGAAGCCGAGCGAGCAAUCUUGGCAGAUAUUCGAUCCAUGAACAAGCAGCUCUCCGAUGUGCAACAGCGUGAGCACACCAAGCAGGCAGCAGAAAGGGCAAAAGGAGAGGUAGCUGCUGUGCUGGACAUGGAGCUGGAUGAUGGGACGCUGGACAGAUUGUACAAGGCUCUCAGCAUGCCUGAUCCGCCUGAUGCGCAGGUGAAGCGGCUCAGUGCAAGACAGGAAGCUCGUUUGCGACUCAUGGCUGCUGUGAACGAGGCGAAAAGGCUGCUACCGUCGAACAGCGAGGUGCAGGAUGAUGCUGCGAAAAUCAGCGCAGGCGAGGUGGCGUUGGAUGGCAUCAGGGGAAAAGAGACUCAGGCGUCUGCACCUGCAGUUGGAACAGCAACACCCGACGCAGCUGAGCGCUUGCUGGAGAUCGAAUCGUUGCCACGCCGCAUACGCGAUGAGCGCAAGCUGCGGUCACGAUUAGGCCCGCUCGCCAAACGGAUCGAGAUGAUGCACGCAAGGUUGUGCGGAGCAGCUGACGGAGCACGCGCAGAGGAUCUCCAAGAAGCGGUCUCGGAAUCACGUGCCCAAGAAGCAGUCGAUGAAAUGGUUGCGAUUGCGCAGGACGACGUAGCAAGAGGUGGACAGACGGAUCUCAUGAGGGAUGGAGAAGCGAGACGAGUGCUGUUUGCACAGGUGGAAGAAGUGGUGAAGAGGUUCUCCCUGAUGGCGGGAAGCUCGACUCGGCCUGCAGCACUUCCGGUCGGUCUCAUCACACGACGGGAGUGGGAGGCUCUCGUUGUCCUGGCUGUGAGUGUGCUCCUUGCUUCUUUCGCACCCUUGCGAUCGCUGACAGCGCAUGUAUUCGAGCAGAGUCGGGCGUCUGAUGUGCAAUCCCAAUCGCGGCUGCUCGACGCCAUGAAGGUGAGCACAGUGCUCUCCCUAGCGAGCAUUCCCGUGCUCACGACCCCGCAUCCCUCCCGCAGCUUUCUGGCAGCGAACCGGACACGCGGCUCUGGAAUGGCGUACUCGAAGUGUACGCGGAGAAAGGCGACGUAGAGACAUGCGAAAGGAUAAUCACCUCCAUGAGCGCUCGUGAGUCGGCUGAAAGUAGCGAAUAAGCCUGCUGCUGCUCAUCGUCAUACUACGGCGGACGUGCAUCAUCGAAUCUUUGAUGCCCAGACGACGCGCACACCACCCACUGCCUCAUCAAGGCAAACUUGCGCAGGUCGCUUGCAGCCGCUCUGGACAUUCUCGCGUCGCUCGAAGGCGCGUCUGCCAAGUCGUCCGACGCGGUUGCUCUGCUGCCCGGCCCUGCCAGCUUGGCGACGUAUACGCUGGUUCUGAACCACAUUCUCACAGCGGCACCCAAGCACCACAAGCCAUUAUUCUGGAGCUUGUAUCAUCGGAUGAGGUUUGCGGCGCACCCCACGCCCGACGCGCCACUGUACACUCUGGCUAUCCGAGCCUGCGCUGAGGGCAUCGAGUAUCCUGGCGACGAUUAUUCGAACGCGCCACGCAAGCGCGUAGCGGAUGGAGAGAGGGCGCUGGACCUGUUCAGGGAAAUGUCUGUCCACUACGGCAUUCGACCCACGGCGCAGACGUACAAUGCGCUCAUGCUGGUGUAUGCACGCCGAAAAGAGCUCUUGCCUGAAGCUUUCAGGCUGCUCAAGGAGAUGGUGGCGCUGGAAAGGGAGCGCCUGAGCAUCGAAGACGUUCAGGCUAGACAGGAACUCACUUGCUUUGCACCGGAUAGACGGACCUUUAAUGCUCUACUCAAUGGCUGCGCCCGGAAUGGGGAUCUUGCCCGCGCUAGGUGGGUCUUGGCAGAGAUGCUGCGCAACGCGAGCGCAUUGUGGUCAGAGACGGCGCAGGAACGUGGACCGACCAACUUGACGGAUAGGGAACAGCUAGAGGUGGAGAAUAGAAGACCGGACGACGUCAGCUUGAUGCACGUCUUCAAUGCGUAUGCAGCAUACGUCCCUCCUUUCAAGAGCAACUUGAGGGCUUUGCGACAGAAGCAGGCGGGUGCAACGCAAGAUGGCGGGGGCGAAAGAGGCGGAGACGACGAAGCUGCCACUGCGGUUGAAGCCCGCGACGACAAAGUAGAGGCUUUCACAGGCGGCGCAGAACGCAAGGAAGCGGCCGCAGAUGACAUUGUACGAAGCGCUGGUACCGACGCUGACGACGUUGCAGAUGUCGACGCUGGCAAGGCAUCCUUUGACGAGCGCGUGCCGAUGAGUUCAGCAGAAGUUGUUAGCGAAGUGCGCGGACUUUUUACCCGACUAUUGCUGGAUGUGGAGAGUGGCACAGGUCUACUAUCCAAUAUCUGCAUCACCACAUUAGCUAUCAACUCUUACCUCGAGGCGCUCACGCGGCACUCUCGUCAGGAUGCGCAAUUCUUUGGCCUUCUCGAGGAGGCUUUUGGUGCGGUGGAAGGAGCGCACGAGGAUGGAGUGCUUGCUCGACUGGCGCUACAACCCAACCCAAAGACUUUUGAGAUCGCAAUGACCCUGUGUGGCAAGGUGUCGAACAAGAGUCGCGAAAGGGCCGAUCAGAUCGGUGAUGCUUUGUGGAAGCGCUGGCUGGAGUAUCGGGUGAGCGCAGAGACGCAAGGCAAGGCCAUUGCUCGCGUUUGGGCCGCUCGAAUCGCGAAUCUGUGCAAGUGAGUGCGAGGUGGUGCGUUCAUCUUUUGACUGCCGCUGACGCGCUUCUACCGUCCAGAUCGGACCGGAUCGAUGAGGCGCUGGAGACGGUGACGGAGUUUAGCUCUUUGUACCCACCGCAAGGAAGAGCCUACGCGACGAUGCCUUGCCUCCCAGCUGUGCUUCAGCCCGUCACGUCGAAGUUCAUGGCACAGUGCGCACCAAACACCACAAAGGACGCUCCGACGCUCGAUUUCAGGGACCUCAAUCCGCUGCAUCACAAGUUGGUCAACUUGAGACGUUCAAAGGAUCUCAGAUUCGUGGAUCGCAUUGCUCAUCACUAUGCCAGGAGCAGCAAGCCUCCAAAGCGAUCUCGACCUAGACGCGAGGAGCAAAGUUGA